GCGCUGUUGUUAUCGGUACAAUGAAGAAGCAAAGAGAAAGACGCUGGCUCUCUGUGAGCUAUGUUUUUAGCAUUAUUGACGGUGGACGCUGGUUAACGUACAGCUGUCUAGUCAGCUCAGGAGCUUAUAUUCAUUGACAAGCCGGCUGCACCUUCAUACAGUGAACACAGCAGUCCACAGUUCAUGUGUCGUUAGCGGCUUGUUUCUCUGUGAAGCUUCUGUUUGUAUGAGCUGACAGCUCGGCCAGCUAGCCUAGCCUCCGCGAGCUAAAGCGAACAGACCGCGGGGACACAUACUGCGCGCGCGGGGCCUCGGGGUCAUUCUCCUUGAUUGUAGCGGCUGUCUGCUGCCAGCAGAGCAGGAUGUUGUGUUCUAAGACAUGGCCAGAGCGAGGUGGGAUCUGAGUUCACAGAGGGUUCAGGUGGAGCUGUGGAGUGGUCAGGAGUGACGAGGAAGGAUUGAGGGCUCAUGUCCACUUCCUAAACGCUCACCUCCGUCAACUGACGCUGUGGACGGCACCUCAGCAUGGUAAGGACGGCAAAGAUGGAGCUGCUGAGAGUGCUGGUCAGCGAGUGUUUGUCUGCGGCCGCGCAGGAGAUCUUCAAGAUCGUGGAACGAACCAUCAUAGAGUACGAAGAGGAAAUGUCCUGUUCGAAGUGGGUAGUGGACAGCCACCGCAGACUGCUGGAUGUUGCCACGUCACACAGUGAAGACUCUCUCCAGAUGUCUGCCACAGAUGUGAAGUUGCACUCUGGUCACCAGCAGCCUGCCGCCAGUGUAAACCUCAGUGUGUGCUGGGAACCAGAGAACAGCACGUCAGAGCAAACCCAACACUAUCGCAACGUGAACAGCACUCAUCCAGACUCCUCUCCUGCCAGCGACAACAAUCAGAGCGACCAGGAGAUCCAGGUCGAUAUCGAAGGAGGCGAUGACAUGAAGCAGGAGUGUGACCCGAAUCUGCCUGUGAAAAUACUCAAAGUGAAGAAACCGUUCAAAUGUCCCGUCUGCCUGAGCGGCUUCUCCUCCAAAAAGACGAUGGUGCGACACUUAAAAAAGCAUCCGGAGGAUAGAUCGUCGUCGUACCAAUGCCAGUUCUGCGAGCGCCACUUCUGCCACAAGUCUGAAUUCAUCAUUCACACGAGGACGCACAAAGGCACCAAACCAUACAAGUGUCAAGACUGUGAGAAGAGCUUCGACCACAGGGACAGUCUGCUCGUUCACAGACAGAAACACACUGAGGAGAAAGCAUAUCAGUGUUACAGUGAAAAGAUGAACGUGGAAACUCACCUCAGAUCAGUGACAUCUGCCAGUAACACUGAAGAAGAGUUGGACUCCAGACAGGCUGAGUCUGCCAUCAAGACAUUUCCACUAACUAUGACUCCCUAUGAUAAAAGUGAGUUUGAUCAGGAGUCUCUGCAGCCUCUGUGUCUUUAUCAGAUCCAGACCGUAGCCGAUAUAGAUAAAGAUGAAACAGCUGCACUUCCACUCGACCACAUUAAAACUGAGCCGGCUGGAGCUGAUGGUGGUGUGUCAGACAGCAGCACAGACGAUCAGCCUCUCUUUUCACUGAGUCCAGGUGAACAGGGCGAAGGUGAGACUGACCCCAAACAUCCCAACAUCAAAAACAUCCUGCCAAGAAGACCUUCAGGAAAAUCCACCGAGCUCAUCGUUCAGUUCGAAGCAGGAACGCCACAGAAACCCUACAAGUGUCCUUGCUGCACCAAAUGUUUCUCCUUGACUAAGACUUUGAUAAGACACAUAAAGAUCCAUACAGAGGACAAGCCGUACCAGUGCCAGUUCUGUGGGAGGAACUUCUGUCAGAAGUCCGACCUGGUCAAUCAUACGAGGAUCCACACGGGAGAGAGGCCCUAUCAGUGCCACGAGUGUCACAAGUCGUUCGCACAGAAAGGCAACCUGGUGGUUCACAUGAGGAAACACACGGGAGAGAAACCGUUUCAGUGCCAAGAGUGCAGCUGUAGUUUUGGACAGAAGUCCUCUUUGGACGUUCACAUGCUGAGCCACACUUAGUCUGUGCCAAGUGGUCAAAUUCAUAAACCUGUUUAUUUAUUAUUUGAUCAUAUAAUAUAAUCUGUUUUAAACCAAAUGUUUGCCAGAUGACAAAACAGUCCCACCGUAAGGUCUAUUAGUGUAUGGAUGAGAAGUACUCUGAACAUUUGAACAUCUAACACCAUGACAACAAAUAUCAUGUGAUUCAGUUUAAAGCUCCAGAACAGCAGCUGAGAAGGCCUCGUGUUAACCUGGUUCUAGAUCUGUUUUUUACCAACUGAUUUACAUAUACCGUUACAUAUUCCUGCUUCUCUAUGUCAGAGCGUCAGCACGACAUAUCUUUCUGUCACUGCUGAUUACUGCAAAAGGACCUGCGCUCCCAACAAGAACUUGGCUAACACAGUCAGACUGAAUAAAGGAAGUGAAAUGAAAUGGCAGUUCAGCGUGGUUAUCAGGACAGUCUGUGGUCAGCUUGUUUUCUUAACUGAUGUUUCCAAGAUCAAGAGUCAGUUUUCAAACUGAAAACUGGACCAGAUAACAUUCACCAGUUAAAAAUGUUUGCUUAUUCUAUGAAAUGAAGCUCUGUUUGUCAUCGUGGCUGUGUUUUAAAGCUGACUUCAUGAGACUUUACAGCUGUCACUUUGUUCACACUGUCCUUAAAGUGUUCAGCUCACUGUGAUCACUGAGUGAAAUCCAAAAAAAAGAGCAAAGCAGCUGACAGUGGGAGGAAGUGAACUUGCUUUGAUUCACAGGUGGGAAUAUAAAUUCAGAUGAAAUGAUGGGGAAGUAAUGGGUUGCAGAACUUUGGUCAGCUGUGAGACAACUCUUCUGUCCAAGCAUGUGUUUGUGUAGGGAAAUUAUUAAGACAUGAAUUAAUGAAUUAUCAAUUUUUGUGACGCCUGAAUUUAAAUUUUACAAACCCCAUACAUAUCGUAUUCAAAUAUUUGUAUUUAUUAUGUCACGAGAUUGUCUGGUUAUUUUUUUGUAAUAAUUUCCUUUUGCAAAAUGUGUGAGAAAUGUGUUUCUACAUAAAAUAUGAAAAUAACAGCAUAAAAACAAGCUUGUCUUUUCUGUUUGUGCUCGUUGCUCUGUCUGUGUCAUUCUUUACAGUUGUGGUUUAUGUGGUUU